UAAUGUUGAUUGAAUUCAGAUUUUACUACAAUUAAACUCCAAGUAAAUCAACCAUGAAAACUAAACCGUUGAUCUUCGUGUUCUUUCUUUGCCCGCUAAUUAUCAUCUCUGUUAUGGCAAUCGAUUCAUCGAAAGUUGGUGAAACUGAAAACUCCAAAAACAAAAUUGGGGUAGAAAGAGUUGAGGAUGGACACAAUGGAGACCAUGAAGGAGGAAAUGUUGAUGGAUUAUUUGAAAAUAUUAUACAUCGGAUGGUAGAUAAAUUGUUGGGAGGAGGAAAACGUAGAGAAGCUAGAAGAGGGAGAAAUAGAGGCAAUUGGGGAGGAGGAAACGAAUAUAGUUCGGUAAGAGGAGGAUAUGAAGGACCUGGAGGAGGAUAUGAAGGUCGUGGAGGAGAAGAAGGAGGUUGGGAAGCAGGAGUACAUGAAGAAAAUUUUGAAAGAGGAGAAAAUGAAGAACCCGGUUUGGGGUGAGAAGAAAGAAGCAGCAAAAUAAAUGGUGGGUGCUUGAAGCAUCCAUGAAAAUCAAACAAAUGUGUGUAUUUUAUUUCAUGAAGUAUGAAUAAGAAGAAAAUUGUUUUUCCCACUUCACACAAUGCUAAGAAACACCGUAAAAUCACAAGUUUAACCUCAAAUUCCAUCCAUCAACAAUUAACUGCCAAUAAAGUUAUAUUGGUAAUUUUGUGGUGUUUCAUUACAACCUUUGAUGUGGGAACAUCAAUUUUCAAAUAAGAAAAAAUGCACUUUAUUUUACUCCAUGUUCGGUCUUUAAUAGGAUCACUAUUUUCCGCUUAAAUUAAAUUGUCUUUCAUUAAAAUCCUUAGAUUGUACCACCUAUAUCAUUAUGUUCAAAUAGAUAAGAUGUACCACCAUUACAUGUCAUGUUAUUUUAUUCAACGAGAUAUUUUAAUUUCAAUAA